AUCAUAAUCAGUAUAAUGUAGUGCAUCUUGCAGUAUUGCAAUUGACCAAUAAAGGAAAGGGUUUAGGCUAUUAAUAUUAUAUCAAAUUAUACGUAUACAAACGUUAUUGUAAAUGUAACGUAUGCUGAUACGUAUCUACAAGUGCAAUAGCUUUCUAGUUGCGUGAUCUUUAUAAAGAUUUUUGAAAUGUUUCAUAUUGUAAAAAAUAGAAGGUUAAGGUGCAUCUAACAAUAUUUGACGUGUCAAUGCAACUGCAAAUGGCGGACACCGAUGACAGUAACAUUACCUCGGUAGAGAAGAAAUUCGAGAAACUGGCGAUACCCGCGGAGGACUUGGCGAAAAACAAAAAUGACAAGGAUAGUGAAGACAGGUGCGAGCCUCGUCUAUGGGGUUUCGAAACUAAGGAACUGUACAAAAUCGCAGUCAACUUUUACAAAGAAAAGGAAGGCAAAGCUGUUCAUUUGUCUUAUGAAGACAAAUUAAAGCUAGUGGCUUUUACUCAGCAAGUAACGCAUGGCAAGUGUACUACGGAGAAUGCACCACCUUUGGGUGUGUUGGAUGUAAUUGGAAAGGACAGACGCUUAGCAUGGCAAAAUCUAGGAGACAUAUCCAAGGAACAGGCAAUGGAAGGAUUUAUAGUUUUGUUAGACAAGCUAUGUCCCCUGUUUAGAACAGUUGUAGAAGCACAGAGAAGGGACAUCGAAGAGAAGUUAAGAUUGAAAAGGGAGGAGGAAGCAAGAAAAGUAGAAGAAGAAAGGAGGUUAAAAGAAUUAGAUGAACAAAGAAAGAAAGAGGAGGAAGCUAGAUUAAAGGAAGAAAUACAAAGGAGACAAAUUCAAGAUGCUUUAAAUCAACAAACAUUUUACCAAUUCAAAAUGUAUGCGGAGCAACAAUAUCCUGGCAAUCCAGAGCAACAAGGAGUACUAAUAAGACAGUUGCAAGAACAACAUUAUCAUCAGUACAUGCAACAAUUACAUCAAAACCAAUUAGUCAUAGAAGAUCAAAUUCCAGAAAUAAACUCUGCCAGGAUAGAAAAUCCUGAGAAGGAAGAGCCAAAAGAAACAAAUGAAACAGACACAUUGAAUAGAGAAGAUUCUGAUGAAUCGCCGGAUGAUUACCCAUCUAUAGCUCCAGCAGAUAUGUGGACUAAACAGGGUAUAGAUGCCUUUAAGGAACUAAUUAGGAGAGAAGAUGGUGAUGCAGUUAUUAAAGUUGGUCAUGGAGAACUAGUAACAGUUAGGGUGCCGGCGAACAAUGAUGGCUUGUGUUUAUUUUGGGAAUUUGCAACGGAUGACUAUGAUAUUGCUUUUGGACUAUUUUUUGAAUGGACAAAAUCAGAAACAAAUCAAGUAUCAGUACAUAUUACUGAGUCUGAAGAGGAGGAGGAAGAGGAUGAUGAAUACGAAGCAAGAGAUGAUUUAGAAAGUGGAGUAACAAAUGAUAUAAUUCAGUCUGAUUACAAACCAUUGCCGCCACCUGUAAGCGAGAUAAUACCUAUCUACAGGAGACAAUCGCAACAAGAAGUCUAUGUAGGAACUCAUAAAUACCCAGGACAGGGUGUGUAUCUUCUUAAAUUCGAUAACACAUAUUCAGUUUGGCGAAGCAAGACGCUUUAUUACCGAGUCUACUACACACAAAAUAAUUGUAUGAAAAAUUAGCUUUAUUAAAAAAAAAAUGAUACUGCGCAACUCACAAAUCGUACAUUCGUUGAGAACUAGGCUGAUGUGAUUAUUUGCCAAUAUUGCUAGUCUAACUAAAUCAAGAUUGUUAUUUCUGUGUUAUUUCUGUGUUAUUUCUGUUCACACCAAGUGUCUGCAAGAAAAAACACAAAUAUAUAUUUAUUAUGGUUAUGUAAAGACACUUUAUUGUUUAAUAUGGUAAGUAAAAUGGGCACAAGUAAAAAAAGAAAGGUUCCUAUCUUUACCUUUCUCAUGGAUGUUUAUAAAAAACAAAGCAAAACGAAAAAGUAAAGUAUAUAAACGUCGGUAAUAACAGCAAACCGUGUAUCGCGAAUAAUUGUUUAGCAAUCCGAUAUAUUAUUGUUACAUUCGAUUGUAUAAUAUGUCAGUAAUGUAUCAGUCAUUUUAUGUGUACUAAUUGUUCUCUUUUGUGAUAAAAAUUUUAGUCUAUCUUUGUUAUUAUCUUUGUCUGUACUUAUACUUUUAUUAAUAUUAUCCCACGUUUUAGAAAAAUACAUUGAAAUCAAACCAUUUCGUUAUUUCACUUUUUCCUCAUAAUGGUUUUUAUAUGCGUGUAAAAGAUUAAUCAAAAGUGGCAAAUAUUUCGAGGAAACAAGUUCCUUUUUUGGUGUCAACGUUUAUUAUACUAUACCAUAUCGUUUCCUUGUUUUUUUUUUUUUUUUUGUUU